CUUUCUUAUUCGUGUUACAAUGGCUUGAUCCUGUGGGAGUAAUGACAUGGCACAGGAAUUUCCAGUAGGGCAGCUGGGAAGUCCCUCAGAGAAAGUAUAAAAUGAUGGCAGGCCAUUCAGCACUUACACACAGAAACACUCUCAUCAUGACGCUGAUAGCUUAUGGUUUGCUGGCUGUCAACCUCAGUAUCCUUCUAACAGUCCAAGAGGUAGAGAGUCAACAUGUUCCAAAGACCUGCAAGUGUCCACAGGCCAAAAUAAAAGUCAGGGGACUAUUUUCAAAUUUCACAUUCACUCCAAAAGGACCUAACUGCUUAGAGGAUGAGAUCAUUUGGGUUUACAUGUUCUGUUAUUCUCCAUACUUUUCAUUAGAGUCAUACGGCAUAAGAACAAUAACUCUGUGUGUCUCAAUCCGGAAGGUGACCAAGGCAAAAGACUUCUGGAAUGUUGGCAAAGAUGGAGGCAGAGAACCUAAGAGAUUACCAGAAGAGAAUACUGUACAAAGCCUGUGCAAAGUGCUGUGGUGCCACUGUACUUUAAUAUGCACUAAACAAGCCAAGGACAUAAGAAAAGGCUGAAGAAGAAAGCACAUGUGUACUGAGGCCAAGGGAACGGCAUAUAACGAAGGCGUGUUACAACAGGGACAGUAACUAACAUUGACAUAUUAUGCAAGGAUGAGUUGAGCCCUGCUAUGCAAGUCUAACGUAUCGUACAGUUUGAAGACGGAUAUUUAUGUUUAUUAUAAAUAUAUGUAUUCACUGAUUAAAAAAAUGAAAAAAUGCAUUUUUACAGUUUUACAGUUUAAUAUAAAAAUAAAUUAAUAUAAUAAACAAAUUAUUUGAUUUAAUAAUUUUUGUGUUGUUGUUUGCUAAGCAUUGUAUAUUGGUAUCUGCAAGCAUUACAAUACAGUGCGUAUACAUGUGGGACGACUGAUACCGGUGAACAAUUGCUUGUAUGUUAUGCAUACUUGGCCAAUAAAAGCUGAUUUGAUUUGA